UUACCAUUAAGGAGUGGCUUAAUGUGGUGGCAUGUCUCAAAGCUUUCUUUGCGUAUUUAUGUAAGAAUGUAGAUCAUCUGGUAGAGGAGACAGUAAACCGGUAAGGCCAGGAGAAGAAGUGAAAGAUGCUAAAGGACGUGUUUACAUGAUUUUUGAGGGGCUAAUAUGUCAGUCAGCUUUUCAAGACCUCGGUGGAAAUAUCACUUUUGAGAUUAUCAGCACUUUAUUUUAAUCUUGAAGCAACUUUCUCCAAGAAACAUGGCUGUUUGGGUUGUUUUACCCAUUGUUCUGUGUGCCGUCUCAUUCAUCGGGUGCUGGAUAGUAUAUGGACUUGCAUUAAGUUUCAACCAUGUCUGCUCACUUACUAACUGGGAAUACAGAAACUCAUGUCACACAAAUGAAACGGGGAAUUGCUGCACCCUGGAUAAUGUCCCCACCGUAAGCACAAGUGGAGCAAACUUUCCAGAAAACUCCCUAUUCACAGCAACAAUCAAUGCUGGUUCAUUUUUGUUUCUGAUUUUCUGCAUUUUCCAUCAUGCACACAUCCUUGACAGGAACAGUGUUCAUUCUCUUCUCAGUAAGGUUGCUAUGAUCAUAGGCUGUGUGGUGUCUGCGGGUGCUUUCAUGGCUGGAAACUGCAAUCCAGUAGAGCUGCUGUUGCUCCAUUACCUGGGUGCUGCCCUGAGCUUUGUGUUUGUGUGUCUGUACAUGACCAUCCUGACCUCCCUCACUAGUAAAUGUAUGCUGACGGGGUUUGAACGGGUUCUCUACCCACUACGCACCAUCUCCUCGUUUUUCCAGAUUUCUGCCACCAUCCUCUACGGCAUCUUCUUCAUCCAGGAGGAUUACUUCUAUAAGCACAUCUCUGCUGUGUUUGAAUGGUUUCUGUGUGUCAAUCUGGAGCUCUAUGAACUCAGCUACUCUGUGGAGUUCUACUUUUUCUCCUCAUCGAUGCUUUCAGUACUUCUAGCAAAGAAAGAAGAGGAGAAACCUCUCAUUUUGGCUUAAUGUCAAAAAUCCUUCAGAACUCGAUUGUUUUUUUCGGUUUUCCGUUAUGGAAUCAUAAUAGAUGACUCAGGAGACAUUUGAAGAAUUUUUUUUUUGUUUUUUUGAAGUUUCUAGGAUUUAUGAGGUUGCAAGCACUGGAUUUACUUUGGAGCAGGAUACUCUGAUUUUUCUCAGAGUGGAGCAACAGGCACUUUGAACGUCUUAGUUUUUUUCCAAAGCACUUUUACUUUCUAAAUACAAUGGCAUUUAACUGAGGAAAAACACCUUACAAAUUCAAUAUUUGAUCUCAUAUCUAGAUUUCCUGUGAGCAAGAGUAAUUUGGUUGGUGCAUGCAGUUUAAAUGAUUGUUCGGUGUUUACCUCACACUUUUAAUCUAAUCACUCAGUCCCUGGAAAUGUGGAAUCAGCUGCUGGCGGGAAAUGUGUAUUUGUCAGAAAUGAAAAUGUCAGAAGGUCCAUAUAGAAAAAGAUAAGAAUAAACCAUUCAUAGUCUCAGGUUUAUCUCAAAUUAAAUUAUUUCCAUUAUCUGUUA